ACGCCAAGGACCAGUUUGGAAAGUGAAACACAGCGCAAGAGAUAGCAGGGUGAAAAAGUGAGAAAAUCCAAAGUGUUAAGGCGUACAUUUGUAGCGAUACGCGAAAUAAAACCAAUUUUAAAGUGAAAUUUCACUACCUCCGGGUGGAUAUUCUCCGUGAAAUCGUAAGUGGACCUAUUGGCUAACGACUGGUGGGUGACGGCACAGUGCAGGAGAGCCGUUUACCGUGGCAAAUUAGUGCUUCGAAGCAAGUUGUCUGGAUUCCCCCAACUAACCUAGCUUUUCGCUUUCUGCCCUCUCGGCACAAAGAUGGGUAAAUCGAAAAAGAAGUACGAUAGCAGCAGCAGUUCCAGCUCGUCGGAUGCCUCGGACUCGAGCGAUACUUCAAGCUCGGAGGAUUUGGAAGUUCAGAGAAGAAGUAAGAAGAAGAAGAGCAGUGGCAGCAGUCGGAAGCACAAGAAAUCGACUGUGAAGGCACACACUGGAUCGGAGCUUGACUCGGCCAGCGAGCAAUCGAGCAACGAAGGGGCAAAGGUUGCCGCUUCGGCUAAGAAGAAGCACAAGAAACACAAGAAGCAGAAGAAAUCCAAAAAGCACAAAAAACAUAAAACCCGGGGUGAAUCCGAGGAUGAUAAGCGUGUGGCGGCGAUACAUGAGGACGAGGAGGAGGACAUCGAGGAGAUUAUCGAAGAAGUGAUUCCCGACCGGAGGCACCGAACAAUUUCGUCGGAUGUUUACGCCAAGGAUCGGGACAGCUACGGUUCCCGGGUGGUCAGUAGUAUCAAGCGAGCCUCGAUCCGAGAUGAUCAUCGUUCGUCGGUGGAACGCGACCGGAACCGGGGGCGGGAUAGGUCGGCCACCGGCAGCAGCCAGAAGCAUCCCUCGUCCAAGUGGGACAGUCCCGCCGAUGGCGGGGAGUAUCGACGCAAGCGAUCGCACUCGCCUGCGAGUCGUGAAACGGCCGCCGGGGGGAAUUUCCGCUCCGGGCAGAGAGGUGGUGGUACUUUUGAUGAGUAUCGUAAAGCCCCAAAGUCUCCUCCACCGGCGCGAGAAUCGCCCGCGCGGGGGGAAUAUGAGCAGCGUGGUGGGCGACCACCGUAUCACGGUGGCCGCGGUGGCGGGAGAGGUGGUGGAGGCCGUUACGAUGAGCGUCCUUCGCCAUCGCAUCAGGAAGGAAGACGCUGGGGAAACGAUCGAUAUGAAGAGGACAGACACGGCGGCGGCGGUGGGAGAGUUGACGAUUUUAGAAAACCUCCAAACAUCCGGAGGUUUGACAAUGACGAUCGAAGAUUCGACAAUACUAGGAGGGGUGCCCAUCAACAUCAACAUUCGCAACAGAGGGAAAGAUACGAUGAGUUUUCUGGACGUGACCGCAAUCCUCGGCCUCCACGCAACAAUCGGGAUGAUUACGAAGAUCGAGGAGGCGGUGGUGGUGGACCACGCCGUCGCAAUUCCUCUCCGAUGGGAGCCCCACCUCCGCGGGGUGGUGGACGCGAUCGCAGUCCAAUGCAGCAGCAGCACCAAGAGUUCCGAAGCGACUUCGGGAGCGGAAAUCGUGGUGGUUAUCGCGAUCGUUACGAUGGUCCCCCGCAGCAUAUGGAACGCGGACGCUUCGCUCGGCGGGGUUCGUUCAAUCGUGGUGGUCGCGGUCGUCGUGGUUACCACCAGGGUGGAUCCGAUCGGGACAGCUUCCACGGGGGCUCCGAUCGUGAGAUGGAUCACCGAAAGCAACCGUCCUCCGGGUGGGGACGUAGGUCUCCGCCACCGUCACCGAGGGCAUCACCCUCGAGAUCGAGAUCGCGCGAACGCGGCGGUAGUGAUCGAAACGGAGGAGGAGGAGGACACACCAGACGCAGUACGAGUGGCCGUGAUCGCAUCAGUUCACCACCUUCGAUAAAAGUCGAACGUCGCGGCUCGUUGCGUAGCCGAAGUGGCAGUCCGGUUGGGGCUGGUCGAGGUGCUCCGCCAUCGCUCCCUCAAAGACAGCGGAAGUUUCCCCGGAAGGAGGAAAAAACCGACGAAGCAGAGUUCGAGUGGGGAGCCAAGCGGAAGCAGCCCAAACGAGAACAGGAUUUUCACGGUAGCAGCGAGGAAUCGGGCCCCUCCCCAGACAAAGCGGACAAAGAGGACAAAGAGAAGCCCAACUUCGGGCUGUCCGGCAAGCUUACGGAGGAAGCGAACAAAGUGAACGGGGUGGUCAUCAAGUACGCCGAGCCGGCGGAAUCCCGUAAGCCGAAGCGUCGUUGGCGACUGUAUCCAUUCAAGGGGGAACAGGCGCUACCGACGCUUUACAUCCACCGGCAGAGCUGCUACCUGAUCGGGCGCGACCGGAAGGUGUGCGAUUUGCCGAUCGAUCAUCCGUCCUGCUCGAAACAGCACGCUGCCCUGCAGUAUCGGUUGGUGCCGUACGAGCGGGAGGAUGGCACCACUGGCAAACGGGUGCGACCGUACAUUAUCGAUCUCGAAUCGGCCAACGGGACGUUCGUGAACAACAAGAAAAUCGAGACGAAGAAAUACGUCGAGCUGCUGGAGAAAGAUGUGCUCAAGUUUGGGUUCAGCUCGCGGGAGUAUGUGCUGCUGCACGAGAACAGCAAGGAGGACGAAGAGGACGACGAUGUUGUGGAUGAGAAGGGCGGUGGGGGUGGUGGAGGUGCCGGUGGCGCCGGUGGUGGAACCAGCAACGGUGGAAGCGUCUCGCGAAACAAGCGAGAGCAAAGCGAGUGAAAUCGCAGGCAGUGACAGAAAGAUUGAAUAAGGAGGAUUAUAAACGGACGGUGUUUGUCUUUUAUUAAUAUAUCAACAAUUGUAAGCGGAAAACUUGGUUCCCAACUGGAGCAACAGUAGUAGCAGCCGUUCCAGGGAGGAUUAAGACUCAACAUAUAAGCAGAAAGCAUCAUUAUAAUUCGUAGGAAUUUAUCUGUGCAUCGAUGGAAUGGACGCACGCAACCUAAGGAGACACAGCUUCACUUCUUCUUCGUAUCUACUCGUUCACAACACACCACAACCCGACAAGCAGCAGCAACAAGUUUAAUAUGAAUAUCUGAAUUAUUGCAAGCAGCAAACCCCCAUCCCAUCCCAAUUACGUAGGAAGGAAGUAGUACGCAUCUGUGUGUGUGUAAUUGCAUUAGAAACAAACAAGCAUUAAACUCUUCUGGAUAGAAUAAAGUGUAUCGUAUCCAAACAAACAAAAAAAUCAAACAAAAGUCAGUCAAAAAUCGUCAAAUCGCGCGAAGUGAACGUUCGAAGAUAUUAAAGUGCGCAAUUAUACGCGCCUUGUGUGUCGUCCAUUGUGUUGGUGGACGGCUGUUGGAAGGAAGUUCAUAACGUCACACAAACGAGUGGAUAAGUUUGACGAAUGAAAAAAUGUGUAUAACGCUAUGGUUUAAAUGAUGUUUAUAGCGCUGAAAAGGAUAGAAUUUUAAUCCAAGCUGCUUAGCCCAUCGUUGUUCCGUAUUGUUGACCCGAACUCGUGUGGCUGUUUGUCGCACAAUUACAAUGGUCAGGGUUGAACUGAGGGAAGCGGAAGAGCGAGCCCGUUCAACCUGGAGUCCUGGCCAGGAGUAGGCCUAUGGAGAAAACAGGAAUUGCUGAAGAUCGGAGAGGAAUUCAUGAAAACCAUACCUAGGAGAUAUGCAUAUAUGCGCAGGCGUUUAGCCCCAAAAUCAGUCAUAAUCAGGAAGCAAAUUGCGGAAUUAAACAUCAGCAGGAGUAGCAGGAUAUACUAUAGAACCAAAGGACAGGUAAUGAAAGAAAGUUUCUCAUUCAAAGCGACGAUUUCUAUGAUCAAGCCCGCUUUCCACGACCGUAACAUUCGGAUCCUUCCUAGCAUUACAAUAUUUGGGAUUUUGAAUAUCUGAUCCGAGGGAGUCAUCAGCGGAUAAUCACGUCCCGUGGGGAAAAAUACUCAAGCAAGUGAGUUAACUAUUAAGCUGUGGAAUAAUUGCCGUGGAGAAAAAAAGGAGUAGCAAUGAGGGAAGAAGAUGCUACGGCAAGCUGAUCAAAACGAGCGGUUUCACGAGCAAAUUUGUACGACGGGGUUUCUGAUGCGAAGGCAGGAACAGUUUGGAAAUAUUUACGUGGAGAACCUAGGCAAGUCAAUAAGCAGAUGUUUGUAUCUGCAUUUAUCAUCGAAUCGACCGCAGCAGCUGAAUAAUAUAUCAAGUCUGGAGCAUGACAAUUCAUCUUCCUAAGGCCAUUACCCUCAUCAACUGCGAUUGCGUAUUAAAACCGUCUGAAGGAACGGUAUUAUUCAACUCUACAAGAUGGAAAUCCUAUGCUUGACAGUUAAAAAAGCAUCAACGAUUUUAGUUCCAUUUCGGACACCGACAUUCAAGUUAACGUCGUAUUCCUACUAGAAUACCCAAAGUCUGGAGAAUCAAUGGAAUUUUUGGUGGGAAACUAUGCAAGUCAAUCUGUGGAUGAUUCUAUCCGCAUCUAUCAUCGUGUAUUAGUCGAUGAAAUGUAACGAGAAUAGAUACGUGAAACAAAUGGCAACUGCGGAAGCGCCCAUAGGCGUACAUAUCGACUUAAAGCAGGAACCUGAGCUCAGGGACGCUCCCAUAUGGGGAAUACGUGCAUUAGGAAUCAUCUGGUCCCAUCAUCAAUGGUUUUCGUACGCAAUGAUUCGGAUGCUCUCGCGAACAUUAAACCGUUUAAGAUUUGCAAUAUCUCACCCGAGAGUAACGUUUGGAUUCGCUCUUGAAAGAUGUAAAUAUGGACUCGAAAGAUGAUGAGCUAGAGGGCAAAAUCCAUGCAAAAGGUUAUCUAUUUUUCGUCGAUUAAGUCAGCAGCAUAUGAACGAGAAAGUAAUUGGCUGAAAUUCGCAUGCUGAAUGGUACGCAAUGGUUGUUUUUCAAGUGGCAAGUCGGAAAACUUCGAUGAAAACGUUUCACAUACUCGUCAUGGACUCCCAUGACGGUGCAAUAGAGACCCACGGAGGAUUGGAAACGCUAUAGGCUCUUUGGGGAAACCAUAAACAGUUCUGGAAUUUUCACGUGGAGAUCCUAUACGAUUAAAUGAGGAGAUGUUUGUAUUUAUAAUCGAAUCAGUCUUAGCACCAGCGGAAGAUACGUCAUUUCUGGAGCAGAAGUAUCCAUCGUCCUACUCGACGACUAUCACCAACUGUUAUCGUAUAAACAGACAGCAUAAAGGAUGGCAUUAGUGAACUCAACAAGAUAGUAAUCCAAAUCCGAUUAGGAAAUUAUCAGCAAUUUUAUCACCUUAGAACAUACGAAACCGGAAAAUCUACGUAAUCUACGUAAAUCUAUGAAAUACAAAAGGAUAUGUUUCUUAUCUUCAUUUAUCAUUCUAUCAACAGCAUUGGAGGCGAUCUGGCAUAGUGGUAACAUCCAUACUUGUCACGCUAAAGAUCACGAGUUCAAUUCUCUAUCCCGACAUUCUUCCAAAAAUUGAAGGCAAAAGUGACGAACCAACCAAAAGUGUUGCAUGUCACUAUAAUACAUAAAUAAAAAAAAAUCUAUCAGCAGCAUGUUCGAGAAACCAUAUCUUCAUCUAAGAGAUAUUACUAAUGAUCAGCAACGGACGGAAGGCUAGUUUUUAACUGGACAGUUCUAAAUUCGUACCACCUAUGAUGUUGUACAACUUGCUCGACGCUAAUGCUAAUUUAUCAUUCUAUCAGCAGCAGCAGCAGUCAAUCUUUCUACUUGGAUCUAAGGCUCGUGAGCAUCAUCAACUGAGACCGUAUAGAAUUGGAGCAAACGCAGAGAAAAGUCAGUCUUUCUACAGAAGUUCCUGAAGUCUGAAAAAAAACAACGGAAUUGAUGGAAAAACAGGAAGAGUUUGGAAUAUCUGCGUGGUUCUAUGGAAGCCAAUCCGGAGAUGUUUUUAUCUACGUUUAUCAAUUCAGGGACAGAAUAGUUCAUCUUCCCAUGUUCAUCCCGAUUCCAUGACCAUCACAUUCAAAUUGUCUAGAGGAAGAAUAUCAGAUGUUGUAUCUCUUCUUUGGAACAGCCAUACAAGCAAAAAUAGAAGUAUACGUCGAUUCCGGAACAGGAGAGUUCAUCUCUCCACGUGACUUCAGAGUCCAUGGCUUUCAUCAGCUGCGAUCACAUGGAAACCGUUUGAAGAAUAGUAUUAUUCAACUCUACUCUACACAAUGUGAAUUAUAUGCUUUGGAAGGAUGCCGCCAGUAAGUCUUUAACUCCAUUUAUGGUACAGACAUUGGAGCGGUCGUAGGGAAGAGCCUAUCCUACUAUUAAAGUUCCCGAAGUCUGAAGAACCAACGGAAGUGCUGGUGGAGAAUCAGACAUAUCAAUCAGUAGAUGACUCCUGAUGUAUGAAUCUUCAAGUUCUGGUAAGGAAGUAAGGAACAGUUUUGAAAUAUAUGCGUGGAGAUUUCAUGCAAGACCAUCAGUAAAUGUUUUUGUCUGCGUUCAUCAUCAUGUCAGUAGAAGCAGCAGCGAAAAAAUACGUCAAUUCUGGAGCAGAAGAUCUUCCUACUAGAAUCUAGAGUCCAUGAUCAUCAUCAACAGUCUAAAGAACAGUGUAUGCCACAAUAGUUCCAAACCAUGGACGCAGUGGUUCACACCCAACAGGGAAAAAAUGAAAAGAGGCGAAAAUUAUAUGCUUGGAGAUAAGAAACAAUAUCUACAAUUCCAUCCUCCUUUUGUGACAGACAUUCAAGCGUAGAGAAGUCUUCCUACCCAAAUUGCUCAAGUCUGAAGCACCAUAAUUUUCGACUGUAUCAUAUGUGGAAUGGAAACUAUUUUGGGAACAGUGUAUCAAGCGAACGUAAAGAUCGUUUGCAAAUAAAUAAACAUUUCAGUGUAAAGUCUCUAUGAAAUAGAGAGGAUAGAACGUGGAGGACUACCUUCCCGACAUUACGACGGAACAGAAUUAAAUUUCAAGGAUAAAUACAAGAAUAAUACAGUAAGCAACAUUUAUGUGAGGAAAUAUCAUUUAUUGGAACAUACCGAGCAAGUAAUACUGGCCAACGAUCGAGUUAUCAAUAUGCGUUCUAGGCUGAUGGAAAGUAAGCUGUCUCCCAGUGAAGAUUAUACACAGAAGGCAUAACAUCAAGACGAGUGCUGGAGAUAAACAACGAAAUCUUCCGGAAAGCUUGGUGACAAUUUUAUAACCCUGACACACCACUGAAAUCGGAGCAUCAUCAUCACAUCGAAUUCAAUUGCAUCUUUUACGAACCAGAAUCGUUUACUUUCGAAGAUCUUUUUUUUUAAGCUAACAUGAAGAACAGCUCUAACGACAGAAUGGAUUUCCCGAAACUGAAUUACGUCGGAACAAUUUCAAUUUCAAGGAUCAAAUGUAGUAGCAACAAGCAGUAUAUAGCAUACAAAGCGAGGCGUUCAAUCGAUAUGCAUGUUAAGCCAAUGAAAAGUGAAUUGUUUCGUAGUUGCGAUUAUGUAUGAAAACCUUACCAUCAUUGGACAUAAACAACGAAAUGAAAAAGCAGUUCCAGAAUAUUGAAUGUAUUAACAGGAAUUGAGUAGCGCCACACUAAAACCGGAACUUCCUCAUCACAUCAAAUUACACCGUAAAUUGUGUGAACCAGAAUCGUUUUCGUUCGAAGAGCAGAUUACAUUAUUGAAGCAUGCUGAGAAAGUGCACAGCGCAGAAAAGUGUCAUCGUUGAUCGUUACAAUGUUUUCCAUUCCUCAGUGCUUGAAGCUUGCCGAGAAAAAUGUUAAACCCGGAAGGGCUCUGGGAAGACUUGCUUAAUUCCCCCCUAAAUCGUUUUUUGAGCCCAUUUCUGUACAUAACUUUCUGUACUAGUGUGAAGAAAUGAUUAUAACUCAAUAAGCACCAACAUUUUGUCAGUUGAUGUUUCAAGAGGUCAUUCAAUGGAUAUUAUUCAUGGAAGCCUCGACACCAUCGUAAAAACUAGACCAGCUGUAACAACCAAUCCAGAAACCUAGUGAGAAUGCGAACAUGGUAAAAAAACAACAUUCAGAGGAGAAUAACACCCAACAGUACACAAAACUAGAACAUUUCAACGAAAUAGUCUGCAGAUUGUGAGAACCAGCAUCAUUUUCUCUUGAUUGAACUGAAAAAUAUGAAUCACAAAUGAGUGUCAUCGUCAAUUGCUACAAUACUUUUCUAUUCUUUGAGGCGUGAAGGUACGCUCAGUUCCAUCUGUUUUCCUUCCUGGAUACAACACUCAGGAAUAAAGUGAAAGAUAAUUAAUUCAGUGAUAGUUCAGUGAGCAUCAGCAUCUAGUCAACUGUUUGAAGAUUAACUUACCUCGCAGGCGAACCAAUGAAGAUUAUCCACGGAAGUAUUGGCAGCAACGUAAGAGUGAUUCACACCCGGGAACAGCUCGUCUAGAAAGCUUGUGGUAAAACGAUCAUGCACGAGAAACUAUAUUCCCAGGAGAAUAACAUUCAACAGCACAUAAUACAAAAGCUGCAAAAUCUCGUCGAAUAGCAUUGCAAAUUGGGAGAACCAGAACGUGCAUCGAGAAUCUGAUUUAGGUAUUUCAACUGUAACAAAAAAUACUCGCUAACAAGUAUUAUCGUAGAUUAUUGCAUAAUUUUCGUGUUCAUCAGGACAUGAAGCUCCGAGCGGAUUCGCACAGUUUCCCAUACUUUCGUUCUCCGGGUACGUAACAAUUAUUCUUCGGAGAUGGUGUUAAUAUUGGCAGGCGAUCGCUGCACCAAGCGGUGGCGCCAUUGAGAAUAUUCCAGUUUCGGCAGAAGAUACUGUAUAUUCUGCUGAUAAUGAUGAACACAUCAUUAAAUCAGUGAAUGUCUAUCACCUAUCGGAAAAAGAGAGUAUAAUUUCGACAAUUUCGUUACCUACAUUACCACAACUUUCUUCAUAUACACUGAAUGCAAUUACAACGGCUUCUCAACAUGGCUCCCUUUCUGGAAAACUUAUCAUCAAAAUACCAUACACCAAUCAAAGCGGCGAUUGCCGUCACCAAAACAAAGCAAGCUGAGCUUCCGAUAAUCGCCAUCGAUGAAUUUCGCCGGAACAGAAAAAAACGAGAAUAUCUGUUGAAAACGCACGUUGCCACGUUCUGUUCCCGUGAGUUCAAAGAAAACCAGUGCAGGUGCUCUCAAUUUACAUCAGGGAUAAAUGGAGUUGAAUGAAUUAAACCAGUAGAACAUCACAAAAAGUAAGGUACCAUCCAUAAAACCGUUAUAAUGCAGUGGACAUAACCUGAAAUGUUUUACCAGUGGUUUGCAGAAUUUUCGUCGCUUCGUUCAAAACGAACAUCUGAAACCAUAUUUAAACUGUAUCCAAUACAGCGCAAGGGAACGUUUCGACCUCCAAACAGCGGCUUUGAAAGAAUACAACCAAAGUGCCUUCAAGAUUAAGGUUGAGCUAAGUAUGAUCAAACGCUGGUUCCCGUAGUAGCCCCAUAACUACAAGUUAUCAUUUCUUCAAUAUCAUUCAAUCAAAGGAGAUUUGACCAGCAUCAACAGAAAUAAUUUAAAACGGGAAUCAUCGUUUAAUUUCUGGCAAUAUUCACAGUUCACAGAAAACGAACGAAAGUGUUCGAAAAAAAAGUAACCAGAACAGAACGCCAAAUCCAGAGAAUUAGAUAACACAAUUGUAACAGCGAUUCUUAAUUUUACAAGAAAAAAAAUGGAUAUCGAAAAUACCAGCAUCAAUGUUCAGUCAGUUCCAGUGAUGAAUCAACGCCCUUCAAAAAGGAUUAUUUGACGCUACCAAAAGAAGGCGAAUAUUUCCCUUAGUAUUCAAAAAUAAUCUAAAAGCAGAUCGUAAUUUCACAGCAAAAUGAGACGUUGACGAUAAUUGCAGCAGGAGAAUACUGAGACAUGUAUGCUAUAAAUCUGAGCAAACUGAACAAAACACAUCAAAUGAAAGACAAUCGCUAUGACAUGCAGGAAACAGUUAUCUCUCAGUGAGCACACAACAUACAACAGGUCAGCUUCUUCUUCCUUGUUUCAAGAGGCUUCGAACUUUGGAUUUCAUUCGCCUGUACAGGUCAUCUCAUAACAGAAAACGUGCAGCAUGUUUGUAGAAGUACCGAAAAAGUUACAACCGAGAAAUGUAGCAGUGAUUAAAAUGCGGUGAAAAGAUCUACUCUGGAUUGUAGUUCUACCAUAGGCAUGCUCAUAAUCCGUCAUGGAAAAAUCGAAGACAAACGACAAAUGUGUGUUAGCGUCCUACAAUCUACAAGUACAUUUGAAUGCGAAAUUCGUUCAAGUCUGAGACCUCGGUUGACCGUCGCAAAUUCAGUUUCAACGACGAACCGACACUUACAACUUCUACGUAUUGAAAAUCCAUAUCAAACCAGUAGGUAGAGCUAGUAUACCGAUUAGCAUCAGAUGAGGAAAAUUUUCCAGAAUAGAGUACCGACUCCGGGAAAGUGAAAUAGUUCCAUUCCAGCGACAAGUCGUCGCAUUCAACCUCUACAAAUUGAAUCCACAUCGAGCCAGAAGAAGUAUAUCGCCUAACGCAACAGAGAAAUUUUCAAUUCAGAAAAUUGUUCUCUUGGUUCGAGCAGCACGAGUUCAACAAUCGACGACAACUACACAACGAACAUGAUUGUAAACAACUUUCAGCCAACAAUGCAGUGAGUGACGAGGGUUGUGAUAGGUAUGUGUGCCCUUCUUUUCAGCAUUUACUAUAGAUGGUGAUUGACUUGAAUCAAAUUGAUCAGAGCCGUUUUGGGUUGACAUACCCAGCACAGAUGAUCUCCGAAGGAGUGACCCGACAGCACACCGACGGCAGCUGUCCAAUUCUGGUAUAUAGUUUUAUUCCUACCUACUAUUAUGAUGACAUCCCUGAAUAUUUCACCGUUUCGGUAGUUGUAGAUUAGUACCCACAGUUAACUGGCUGAUAAAUGCCAAUAUCGCACCAGAAGAACAAUAUCGUACAAAAAGGCCAAUAUCGCACAGUGGCUUGAGGUACGAUAGUGAUAUGUUCUUGUAGUUCUCCCUCGACAGCGUCUUUUUAUUCAAAACUAGCUGACCCGGCAAACUUCGUCCGCCCAAAAUUUAUUUUUCGUUAUCACAUCCAUGUUUCCUUACUAAGCGCUGUUCAUGGGUCCAAUCGCAGAAUUGUUCGUUGAUUAGCACGUUGACUGCCAACUACGAGAUAACUCGUAGAUUGCGAUCUUUUUAAGGACGCCAACUACGAGUUAUCUCGUCCUAUGUUUACUUACCAUUUUUAUGAAAAAAGCAACAAAAAAAUUUUUUUUAUGAUACCUAUGUACUAGAAUUUGAGUUUUUAAUAAUAUAAUGUGAUAAAAUCAAAUUGUAAUUUUUGGCCAGAUUUCUGAAAAUUGCCUUGGCAGUCAACGUGUUAAAAAAAUACCUUUAAAAUUACCUUUUACUAUAAAAUUCCUAGUACUUCUACCAAAACUCGUCAUUAUAAUAUCAGAUUAUCUCAGACACAAUUCUCGUUCAAGUUCACCCCUAAAUCAGACAAUUCCUCUCUCUAGUUUUGCUCUUAUGAACACAUUCGGCGAUCCAUUCAUAUUUAUAUAGAUAGAAGACGAUAGUGGAGUAGGAGUGCGUUUUAUAACAUUAAAAUCCAUUUCCAUUUUCGAACGAAAAUCAUUUUCGUUAGCGCAAACAUUUGUGUUUAAUUUGUAUGGCAGCCUCCCCUUGGAGAGAGGGGAGGAGUAUCGAAACGUUAUAGAAACGUUUAUCAAUCUCUAGAACCUCUAUAUGCCAGAUUUGAUUCCAUUUGCUUGAUUUGUUCUCGAGUUAUUCAGAUACCCCCCCCCCCCUUCCUGUUGAGAGGGGGAGGAGUGUCAUACCACCUUAGAAACAGUUAUUGCCUCCUAAAAUCUCCACAUGCCAAAUUUGGUUCUAUUUUCUUGAUUAGUUCUUGAGUUAUGCAGAAAUUUAUGAGAAAAAGGAGAAGUUUCUAACCACCAUAGUAACAUCCUAAAACCUCCACAUGCCAAAUUUGGUUUGGUUUGCUUGAUUAGUUUUCGAGCAAUGCAGAAAUUUGUGUUUCAUUUGUAUGGCAGCCCCUCCUUAAAGAGGGGGGAGGGGUUUCGAACUAUCAUAAGAACCAUCCCCGACCCCAAAAAGCCCUACAUACCAAUUUUUGUGUCGAUUGGUUCAGUAGUUUCCGAUUCCAUAAGAAUAAGACAGACAGAAAUCCAUUUUUAUAUAUAUAGGGCCCUAUUAUAGAAAUCGAAUCGAGCAUUCGAUACAAUCACUAUCACUAUCACACCGAGUAAAAUCUGGAAUUAUAGAAAUCGAGGAAAACUGCUCGAUUCGUUAGCAAGCUCGAAUGUCAGCGGUUGUGAUGAAAUAUUUUGAAACAAGUUUGAAAUGUUUCACGAAGCACUAUAGAAAGGAUGCCAAAACUUUUUUAGGGGCAUCUGCUAUGAAAAUGUAUUUCCAAAAGUGUUAAUAUGGUUAUGUUUUGGAGUAAAUUGAUAUUCCCUCAAAGAAAAAAGCUUAAUAGGCGUAAAACCCGCAUGCAUGUGUAAAAAAAACGACAGCGUGGAACAAUUUGCUUUACAAAAAAAAUAUAUAUCAGAAAAUGAACUUAUUCAUGUAUUUUCAUGACUGCAAUCUAUGGAAUUCCGAAAAGAGUCACGCACGAA